AUUUUUGUAAAUUGUUUUGUAGAUGCACAAAAACCUUUUAAAUCUUAUGAUAAAGGCUCAACUGAAGGGUCAUGAGACAUUGCUCCCAGAGGUAGAAAAGGAACUUCACUUAGAAAAUAUAACUGACUGGCGAACUAAAAGAGGAAUUACCGACAAUGAAAUCUUGGCCCAAUGCGUAUUACUUUUCUUGGCUGGUUAUGAAACUACUGCUUCUACUCUUACCUUCUUUACAUAUUUGAUGGCAUUAAACCCUGAACACCAAGAAAAAUUGCACCAAGAGAUUGAAGAUGUUUUGGGAGAGGUAAGUAUAUUGCAGCUAUUUAGAGAUUUCGUUGCUAAUUUAAUUCAAGAUUUACGAUUUUUGACCAAGGUGAUAAUAAAAAAGGUUUAGUAAUUCCAAACAGAU